AUGGAAGGUAUUUAAUUUACAAUAUAAUUGUAAAUUUUUUUGAUUUUAAAAUGUUCUUAAAAAAUUUGGGGCAAAAACUUUGUAAAUCUGUUAAAUGUCGAUAUCAAACAUAUAGGUUUGUGGGUGCUUAUGAUAAUGAUGGUAAAACACAUGUAACUAUGAUGAAUAACAAUAAUAUCAAAGAUGGAAUCAUGAUUUCUGGUUAUAGUCAGUUUGGAUUUCGAUUAAAUAACAAUUUUCAAGUAUUAGGACCAAUUUUGUGCUUUCCAAAUUCAAUAUUAGCAUGGUAUAUUGAUAGCGAUAAAGAUAUUAAUGAAGAUUCUUUAUCAUUGUUAUUUCAUUUAGAACCAAUGCCCAGUGUAGUUGUAUUGGGUAUUGGUGACAAUAUGUAUAGGAAAUCAAUUGAUAAAGUGGUAUGGAGUGUUACUAAAAAAUAUAAUUGCAACAUAGAAGUACUACCGAUUGAUGCAGCUUUGGCAACAUAUAAUUUUAUUGUGAGUGAACAGCGUCAUGUAGUUGGAGCUUUCAUACCUCCAAAAAAUAUUCCUGUAAUUGAUGAUGAUAUUAUAUCAGCAAAUGCCAGGCACAAAGUAAUUUAUGGAAAACAAGUAAAUCAGGAUGACAUAUGGGUUAAUGAAGAGGAACAAAGUGAAAUUAUUAGUAAAAAUUAUAAAGAAUUUGCAGAAACUGUAGCAGCUGAAAAAGCUGCUAAAAUUGAAACUUCAGCAAAGUAUACAAACCAGCCUAAAGAUCCUAAAAAACUAGAAUAACAUUUUUAUUAUAAUAAAGAAAAAAUAGAUACUUUAUUGUCAUAAUACAUUUUGAUAUUUGUAGUUAAAAUAAUAAAAACUUGUUAUUUAUAUUA